GUCCCACUAGAGCGACAUGAUGGUGGAAUCUGCCUCGGAGACAAUCAGGUCAGCUCCGUCUGGUCAGAACGGCGUGGGCAGCCUCUCCGGGCAAACUGAUGGCGGCGGUGGUGGGGCCACAGGCACGGCCACAAGUGGCACGGGCAGGGAUGUGGCCACGGGCGCAGACAGCAAUGGCGAGAUGAGCCCUGCGGAGCUGCUGCACUUCCAGCAGCAACAGGCGCUCCAGGUGGCCCGGCAGUUCCUGCUGCAGCAGGCCUCAGGCCUGAGCUCCCCGGGGAACAAUGACAGCAAACAGUCUGCCUCUGCUGUGCAGGUGCCCGUGUCGGUGGCCAUGAUGUCGCCACAGAUGCUCACCCCCCAACAGAUGCAGCAGAUCCUGUCACCUCCACAGCUGCAGGCCUUGCUUCAGCAGCAACAAGCCCUCAUGCUCCAGCAGCUGCAGGAAUAUUACAAGAAGCAGCAGGAGCAACUCCACCUACAACUCCUCACCCAACAGCAGGCUGGGAAACCGCAACCCAAAGAGACGCUGGGGAACAAGCAGCUGGCCUUCCAGCAACAGCUCCUGCAGAUGCAACAGUUGCAGCAGCAGCACCUGCUCAACCUGCAGAGGCAGGGGCUGGUCAGCCUGCAGCCCAGCCAGGCCUCGGGGCCCCUGCAGACCCUACCACAAGCAGCCGUGUGCCCGACAGACCUGCCCCAGCUGUGGAAGGGUGAGGGUGCCCCUGGGCAGCCUGCCGAGGACAGCGUCAAGCAGGAGGGGCUGGACCUCACUGGCACGGCUGCCACUGCUACCUCGUUCGCCGCUCCCCCCAAGGUCUCACCCCCCCUUUCCCACCAUACCCUGCCCAACGGACAGCCCACUGUGCUCACAUCUCGGAGAGACAGCUCCUCCCACGAGGAGACCCCCAGCUCCCACCCCCUGUACGGACACGGAGAGUGCAAGUGGCCAGGCUGUGAGACCCUGUGUGAAGACCUGGGCCAGUUUAUCAAACACCUCAACACGGAGCACGCCCUGGAUGACCGGAGCACGGCCCAGUGCCGGGUACAGAUGCAGGUGGUGCAGCAGUUGGAGAUCCAGCUCGCCAAGGAGAGCGAGCGACUGCAGGCCAUGAUGGCGCACCUGCACAUGCGGCCCUCCGAGCCCAAGCCCUUCAGCCAGCCACUGAACCCGAUCCCCGGCUCCUCCUCAUUCUCCAAGGUGACCGUCUCUGCAGCAGACUCGUUCCCAGAUGGUCUUGUGCACCCCCCAACCUCUGCUGCCGCACCUGUCACCCCCCUUCGUCCCCCUGGCCUUGGCUCUGCCUCCCUGCACAGCGGGGGCCCAGCCCGCCGGAGGAGCAGUGACAAGUUCUGUUCCCCCAUUUCCUCAGAACUGGCCCAGAAUCACGAGUUCUACAAGAACGCCGACGUCAGGCCCCCCUUCACCUAUGCCUCCCUUAUCCGCCAGGCCAUUCUGGAAACCCCAGACAGGCAGCUGACCCUGAAUGAGAUCUAUAACUGGUUCACCAGGAUGUUCGCUUAUUUCCGCAGAAACACUGCCACCUGGAAGAAUGCUGUGCGCCACAACCUCAGCCUGCACAAGUGCUUCGUCCGUGUGGAGAACGUCAAGGGUGCUGUGUGGACUGUGGACGAGCGGGAGUAUCAGAAGCGGAGACCGCCAAAGAUGACAGGGAGUCCCACGCUGGUGAAGAACAUGAUCUCCGGCCUCAGUUAUGGAGCACUUAAUGCCAGCUACCAGGCCGCCCUGGCCGAGAGCAGCUUCCCCCUCCUCAACAGCCCUGGCAUGCUGAACCCGGGCUCCGCCAGCAGCCUCCUGCCCCUCAGCCACGACGAUGGGGGCGCCCCCAUGGAGCCGCUGCCCAGCAAUGGCAGCAGCAGCCCCCCUCGCCUCUCCCCGCCCCAGUACAGGUGAGCACAAGGCGCGG